AUGGGCCCGGCGGUGCGGCAUCUGAUCGGCCUGGCGCUGCUGGCGCCCCUCGCCUGCGCGAUGUUCGAGGACCAGGCCGGCAAGUACGACUGGCGCCGGACCUUCAUCGGCGCGCCCACCGCCGCGGCCCUGCACAGCAGAAAGCCGCGGCUAUCGGUGUGCACGCGGCCCGGCGUGCUGGCCACGCUCAACCUGAGGGAUGGCGAGGUGUGGUGGAGGCACCUGCUGGACGAUGAGGGAGGGGUCGAUGGGAUGGCCGUGAUCGAGAAGAUCGGCGUGGUGGUCACGCUGUCCGGGGGCGGGCGGCGCCUGAGGGCGUGGGACCAGCUGGAGGGGGCGCUGAGGUGGGAGGAGGCGGUGGGGCGGGGCGACGGUGGCGGGCCGUCGGCGAUGGUGGAUCUUGUGCGGAACGACGGGUCGGCGGACCAACCUGUGGUGGCCGUGAUGGCGGGAAGGGAGGUCAAGCUGUUCGCGGCAACGGACGGCGAAGAGAUCUGGAGCGCGGUGGUGUCUGACGCACCUGCGCUUGAUGCUGGCGAGCUGGGGGCCGGCGACGGCGAGAUCGUGGCUGCCACGGCGCACACAGGAUCUGGCAGAUUGAGGGUGGUUUCACUCUCCGUGGAGUCUGGAGCUAUAUUGUCAGAGCAUUCUGAAACUUUGCAGCAAGGACUAGCGACAGAGCUGGUGAUUGGCCGAAUGUCAGUUGGGGUUCUAUCAUCAGAUUACAAACAUGUCUGUACUACCAUGAUCAAGGGUCAGCAGUCGGCCACGUGUACAUCUGUGGAAGAAUUGCUACCUGGGAAGCCAAGGAGAGGAUCCCUUUAUCAGGCUGGAAAUAGAUUUUUGGUGGCAUUGAGGGGAACAGAGAACAACAUAGCUGCGCUGUUGCCCGCGAGUGGAAGCAGCAUAUCCUCAACUCAGAAAUAUGAGGGCGUCACUGCUGCCACCGCUGUGCUGACUGUGGAUGAGAAGAGCUUGCUUGGCAUCGUUGGAUCUGCAGAUGACGGGCAAGGGAUCUUUUUCAAGAUGGUUGACGUCACAACUGGAGAAGUUGUUCACGAAGAAUUUGCCGAUCUCCACCUGCAUGGAACCGUUGGGCCAACAAAACACGUUGAAUCAGCCUUUCUUGGCCGUUACAAUCGGAAGGAUGGGACAACGGGUUUCAGGGCGUUGUUGGUUGGUGGGGAUGAUAGCUUGAGUCUGAUUCAGCAAGGUCAAGUCGUUUGGAGCAAGGAUGAAGCCCUUGGGUCUGUGCAGUCGUCGCUGUUCAUUGAUCCACCAAAUGCAGUGCCCGGUGUUGCCAACCUCCCCAAGGGCGACUUGUUGAAGAAGAUCAAAGCGCAAAUUUUGAGCCUGAAGGUGCAGUUCAGUUUGAAUACAGAGCAGGAGAAAUUGGAGCUGAUGGACAUGAAGCAAGCACUUAGUGGAAAAAAUGCCCCGCUCAGGGAUCCAAACGGGUCGAGAAAGUACAUAAUUUCUGCGACUGCCUCUGGCAAGCUGUACGCCCUGCACAACGGGGAUGGGCGAGUGGUGUGGUCUCGCUGCCUGAGCCAAGCCCCAUUUCCCAACCAUGUCUUGUUGUCCAGGCAUUCUCAUGACCCCAAUGAGGCACCCCAACUGCUGCUGGUCAGACUUGGUGGACCAGGGCCAUCAACCAUCCUUACUGUGAAUGCCCACACUGGAGCAGUCUCAGAAGAGACAGUACCUUUUGGAAUACAGAAGAUAGUUCAACUACCAGGCGUCAUCCGCGAUGGUCCAGCUGAGCAGCACAUGUUCCUUUUUGUUGAUGACAGCAGUGGGUACCCUGAGGCCUACCUCAGUCCCAAUCUACCAGAGACAAGGGCUUGGCUGAAGGAAGUGUACAAGCAAAUCCACUUCUGGAGAUCAGACAAGGGGAAUGGAACCAUGGCAGGUUACGGGGUUGUCAAUGGAGAUGUGGAUGCGACCACUGGCCAUGUGCAGCUCAGCGAUCUAUGGUCACUGAGUUUUCACUCUCCUAUCUUGGAAAUUGCAACAAGAGAUACCUUUGACCCUGUGCACUCCUUCGUCAAGAUUCUUGGGGAUAGGACAUUGAAAUUCAAGUACCUCAAUCCAAACACAGCCUUUGUUGCAAGUGGCCCAGCAUUUGGGGUGCCUUCCGAAGAGCUUGAUCGGGAGAGCAUCGAGCUUACUGUCACUGUGCUGGACACAGUGACGGGGCGUGUACUCUUCCGGCAGGUUCAUAGGGGUGCCAGGGGCCCCGUCAAGGCUGUGUUCUCUCAACACUGGAUAGUCUACCACUACUGGUCCCUGAAGAACCAAAGAUAUCAAAUGUCAGCAAUGGAGCUGUAUGACAGCGGCCACCAAGGGAUAUCCGUGCUGGACGUCAUGCUUUCCGAGGGCCCCAAUGAGACACUGUCGUCUCACCAACCUGUCCCGCUUGAAGUCCUGAGGUCGUCGUAUUUCGUUUCAAAUGCGGUGAAGACCCUUACGACAACGAAAACCUCCAAAGGGAUCACAACACAACGGGUUUUGAUUGGAACUGCUGCUGACCAAGUAUACGCAAUGGAUAAGAGGUUCUUGGAUCCACGGCGGCCUAAAGGGCGCAAACCAACAGAGGCGAGGGAGGAGAGGCUCAUACCCUACAGCGAGAACUUGUACAUGUAUCCCACGAUGUAUGCAACACAAAACAAAGAUGUCCUUGGGUUGAAGGUGAGUGGCUGGUGCUUUGUCUGCAGGCUGAAAUGUGAAUGUCUUUGGUUCAUGUUGGCAUCCAUAGCAGCCACGUAG